GCGCGACCCUUGUCCAGAACGUCUACCUCGCCCAUUCCAUCAUGUUCUUACCCACAGUAGAGAACAUCGAGGCUUAUCUUCAGUACGUCGAGGAGGUCGUCGUAAGUGCCGUCUCCCAGACUGCGCCCGACAUGCAGAGCGUGAGGCAGGUCAUGCAACGGCUCCAGGAGGAUCUCGCACGCUUCUGGCCAUCGUCCCUCCCGCAGCUGCCAGAGAUCAAGCUGGGAAACCUAGGACCGUUUGAGGUGCCGCCGCCGCCACCACCUCCUCCGCCGCCGAGAGGAUACUUCGAGAGAUCAGCGGACUGGGUCGCCGCACAUCCGUGGAAGACUGCUGGAAUCGGCAUCGGCAUCGUGGGAGCAGGGUUACUCGUCGGCUAUGGCGGCAUCUACUAUGCUGGAUCGUCAAGGGUGAGGCGACCAAGGACGAACGAUGCCGCCCAAGACGGUGAAAGAAGACAGGUUGUAGGUGAGUAUCGGGUAAUCAUGUCUUUCGUGAACCCUGUCUGAAGCUUCAUCGUGCUACAGCUGUAUUGGGCGGUGAUACGCCACUGGGGCUUGCUCUUGUGCUGGAUCUUGAGAAGAGCGGCUACAUCGUUAUUACUAGCGUGUCUACUCCUGAAGCCGUCGAAGAGAUAGAGCAACAAUCUCAUGGAUAUGUUCGCGCUAUCGUCCUUGACCCUAGCGAGGUACGCUCCGCUUUU